GUCUACUUAAGUUUGACGGGGCCUCACAUACUCACAUUGCUCUUCCUUUUAUUCGUAUAUAAGGUAUUUAUCUGUCUGUACAACUUUUCCUGGAUACUGUCUAUUGGCUUUCGCCGAUUUUUACCCGGAAGAUUGGAGGAUAAGUUAAGCUUUGGGCAUAGGGGAGGCACACACAUUUUGGUUGUGGCCUAGGAUAGCACCGAUCUUUACGCGACAAUUGACAAAAUUGAUUGUUUGUCGAACCCUUGGAAGAGAGCUGCGAAGUCCCACCUCGAACGACAGACAUUCAGAACAUAUACUCCAAUAUAUAAGAUCUAGGGGUCGAUUGUUGUCUUUUGCGACCCUCCUUUGUAAUUGCAUCGGACAUAUCCUCCCAUUACAUAUACGCACAUAUUCUAAUUAAUAUCACCUCCCCAUGCUCCUCAUCGGUCUAACGGGCUCCAUUGCCACCGGCAAAUCAACCGUUUCCUCCCUCCUAUCCGCACCGCCGUACAAUCUUCCGAUAAUUGACGCAGAUGUCCUCGCUCGGAAGGUCGUCGAACCCGGCACACCUGGCUACAAGGCUAUAGUAGACUACUUCGGUCCAACCACACCAGAUCUCCUCCUCCCUGAAGAAACACCGGGGAAAGGGCGGCCUCUAAACCGCCCCGUGCUGGGGAGACGAGUUUUCGGCGAUUCGGAUGAGCGCAAGAAAGAUCGUGCGGUGUUGAAUGGGAUUGUGCACCCGGCAGUCAGAUGGGAGAUGUACCGUGAGCUCGUGCGGUAUUACCUGAAGGGACACUGGGCGGUCGUGUUAGAUGUCCCGUUGCUGUUCGAGAGUGGACUGGACGCGCUCUGCGGGACGGUUAUUGUCGUUGGAGUCAAGGAUCCAGCAGUGCAGAUGCAAAGAUUGCGGUUGCGAGACCCGCAUCUGAGUGCUGAGGAUGCUGAGAAUCGUGUGAAGAGUCAGGGCAAUGUGCUGGGAAAGGUGGAGCGUGCGCAAUUCAGGGGCGUAGAGUCGGCGAGAGGCGUCAUCGUGUGGAAUGAUGGCGAUAGAGCGGAGCUGGAGGCCGAGAUAAAGAAGGCCAUGACGCGCAUUGAGGCGUCGAGUCCGCGGUGGUGGGCGUGGGUCCUCCUAUUUGCUCCGCCGCUGGGAAUAAGUGUUGCAGCCUGGAAUCUCGCCAUAAAUUAUCGCAGCCGGAAGCAGUGGGAUGAAAAGGAGCGAAUGGAAAAGGCCAGGCUUUGAACAUCAUCCUCGCCGUAAGCCCGGUCUCUUUGUACAUAUUCAAUUUGUAAAUCUUCGGGCGUCAUUCCACGCUAAUGAUGGGGCUUCUUGGUAUCUAAUUCGAAAGGCAUACCGUCACGCUUUGUGGGGAGUCCGUGUAAGCUGUCCACGCUUGACCCGCGAAGCGUGACCUAUCUGAACCCUUUCCUUUUACCGCCGGCCGGUUUUUUUUCCCUUGACAUUCCACCGGAUAUGCUAUUGAGUUUGCGUAAAUCGACUUCAUCAGACUGCCGGCCGCCACCAGAGCUAAUACCUUUACGCGCACGAUCUUGGUUUUGGCGAUUGGACUGUCCACGGUUGUUUCGUUUAGACUCUUCCUGAGGUUGUGCUGAACGAAUCAGAGCUAACACUUCAUCUUGCUCCGAAGACUCAGCAGCUUCGCCUUGCUUUUCUUCAACUGUGGCAUAUGCC